AUGACCGCUUCUCAGCUCGAGCCGGUCCGGGUUCACCCCCGUCGUCGUCCCGUCUUAAACUCGACUCUGCCCUCGCUGGACACCGAAGAUGUUUCUUCUAAGAUGUGUUUGAAGAAGGGAGAAACAUUCAACACUCCUACUUCCCCCCCUUGUGUUGGGCGUGACCCUAUUUUGAACAUCCGUUCCCUACCUCGUCGCUCGCCUACCUCGCUUGACGGUAUUGCGGCUAGCGAGCAGCGCAUGGCGUCCAUCUUGGAACGUCUGACUCUGGAAGACCGUGACGACGAUUCAAAUGCUAGCCAGGACGACGUCUCUGAGAAGAAGACUGAACGGCCUGUGCACUCCCAUGAAUCUGACAGCGGCUUGGGCUCAUCUGUCAGUAGCGCCGAGUCUGUUGACGGCAAAGGUGUGUUUUCCUCUGACAUGUAUACGCAGGAUAAAACUCACCACCUAUCAGUGACUGUCGAUACCGAUGGUCCUCAGUCAGCCAUUACCGACCCGACUCCCUCCCUUAAGGUGUCCUCACGGCCGCAGCUUGGGCUCGCCGCCUGUAAACAAAUCGAGCGCUUUAUAUUGGUGCCGAUUCUGAAGGAGCCUAAACUGAAGCCUUUCCACCCACUAGUCCAGAGUGUUCCGGCUCGAAUUGUGAAUAAACAAAUCACAUGCCUCAGGGACCUUGAAAAGACCCUUUUGUGGCUAGCACCGAAGCUUUCAACCUUACGAUCCGCCUAUCUCAACUUCGCCGAGUUCACGAUCCAGUGUCUUCAUACUUCCGCUUCUCACUUGAACGACCGCGACCAGCGACUUCCCGCCGACCGCCCGUAUACUAACGGGUACUUUCUUGAUCUUGUGUCGCAGGUUCGACGCUACGCUGCCUUGAUUCGUUCCAACCGCGAACGCGUUGAAGCAGCUCAGGCCCAGGAGGCCCCAGACUCGAAGGCUGAGAAAGAGAAAGCGACCGCCUUUGUCCCAACUGCUACUCUGGAAGGCGGAAUGUCUCAAAACGGGAAGCCCGCUGAACUUAUUGUCGUCCAAGAGGACGGCAAGGCCAUCUCAAUGGCCACUGGACUCCCCUAUGAUAUGACAACUCCUGCGACCUUCAAGCGCGCCGUCAGCUUCGACGAGAAGGUUGACGAGGGUGUCCAGCGGUCCAUGGCACGUCGCAAGAAGAACGCUCCUCCUAUGGACAUUAACCAGAAGUGCAAUCACUGUGACAAGGUCUUCAAGCGUCCGUGCGAUUUGACCAAGCACGAGAAGACUCACUCGCGCCCCUGGAAGUGCAGCGAGUCCACUUGCAAAUAUUUCGAAGUCGGCUGGCCAACUGAGAAGGAGCGCGAUCGCCAUGUUAAUGACAAGCACUCGGAUACUCCUAGCCUCUACAAAUGCCAGUUCCAGCCCUGCACCUAUGCCUCCAAGCGCGAGAGCAACUGCAAGCAGCACAUGGAGAAAGCCCACGGGUGGGUGUACGUUCGAUCCAAGAACAAUGCCCGUGGCGGUAGCACUGGCAAGCGUGGCUCGUCGGUUCAGGCCACCCCAGGUACCCCCAGUGUGUCCACUCCUGCCUCCCGCUCUGCGGAUUUCUCUACUCCCUUCUCGGCACCCAGCGCCUCCCCUCAGGAGCAUCCUAUGUUCCAGGACAACGUGCCGUUUAACUUCAAUGAUCCUCCUGUGCCGGUUCGCGGUGAUGAUUUCCCUCCUCUCUUUGAGAACUCUCCGUACCAGACCUCGUCGGUGGGCAUGGGUAACGAGUUUACUUUCCCCACUUCGAUGAACCUCGAUGCUUUCCAAAAUCAGUUUGAAGCAGGUGAACCGGAUGGCCUUAUUCCGGCUCUCGAGAUGCACCGUCAGUCGAUGAACUCAAUGUCUAUUCCCUCGGCCGACUCGGUCCCAGACCUUAUGGGACCCUCUAUGUCCUUCGACGGAUCCCCCAUGGCCACCACUGACAACAGCGUCACUUUUGACCUUGACUGGAGCCGAUUGGACUACAACUCUAUGCAAGAGGAUGUGCAGGCUUUGAACAUGCAGCUGCCUACUCCCAGCUCUGACCACAGCGGACUCAAGCCUUACGUUGACAACUCCAUGUGCGCCAACAACUACAUGGGUUACGAGGCUCCCAACAAGGUCUCCGGACUCUCUCCCAAUGCCCAGGGCAACUUGAUGCUGUACUCCCCGAGAUCUGGCCAGGCCGACGAGCACUACGAUUAUCAAUUCCAGGCUCCUGCUGGCAAUGACUUCACCCUCUACGAUCAAUCGCACCGUAUGAGCAUGAACGCUGCCUCCCACGUCACACCACCGAUGACCCAGCAGACAUCUGCCAGUCAAUACGCCCAACAGCCCCAACGUACUCAGCCCAUGUUUCCGCCUCUCGACCGCGACGUCGCCAUCCAAGACAUCCAGUCUUGGGCCGAGCAGUCCCAACAAGGCAACCACUACGACCCUUACAUGGGCCCGAACGGAGAGUACGAAUACAUGAAAUAG